GAAUGCAACGCUAUCUGUUUUAGCUCUUUUGACACGUUGUCUACAAAUAAUUAUAAUUUUUAUGUUUAGAUCAACUCCCAGCUUCAAUGGAUGACCGUCAGCUCGACCUCACAAAGGAACAGAAAGCUAUUAAAUCAAAAUAUCCUCCUAUCAACAAGAAAUAUGAAUAUCUGGAUCAUACAGCAGAUGUGCAAAUUCACUCCUGGGGAGACUCCUUGGAGGAAGCUUUUGAGCAGUGUGCGAUGGGAAUGUUUGGCUACAUGACGGACACAGAAACUGUGGAACCCAUUGAUACUGUUGAAGUGGAAUCAGAAGGUGAAGACAUGGAGUCUCUUCUCUUCCAUUUCUUAGAUGACUGGUUAUACAAGUUUUGUGCAGAUCUCUUCUUUGUCCCCAGGGAAAUCAAAGUGGUGUCCAUUGACAGAAUGCAUUUCAAGAUUCGAUCCAUUGGAUGGGGUGAAGAAUUUUCUCUGGCAAAACAUCCACAGGGAACCGAAGUGAAAGCUAUAACAUACUCAGCAAUGCAGAUCCACGAUAAAGUAAAACCAGAAAUAUUUGCCAUCAUUGAUAUUUGAAGAUACUUCUGAGGACAGACAACACUCCUGGUUCAUUGGGACUGUUCAGUCUACAUAUGCACAUCAUUUUGAUUUUUGUUUUACUUCAUACUCUUAUCGUUAACUAGCAAAAUCAAGUUUACUGCCGUUGAUGAACUGUUUACUAAUUAGGCCUGUUGAAAAUUCAUUUAAUUAAAGAAUACUGUCUUGUGAAAUGUAAUGCAAAACUUUACACUAAGAAAAAAUAUCUCUAGAUAAACAAAUUAUGGGGACAUGGGUUAUAAUGAAAGUUGAAAAUUACAUUUUAAUGCAUUUGUUGGUGGUAUCAUUGGAAUAACAGAUGAACUGCCUAAGUAUCAAUAAAUGAUUUGUAGUUUCA